AUGGACAGUGAUGAUGAAGUGCAACACUGUAAAUUGACUCCUGUUCCGCGCUGUGCCGCGGCGAAGGUGGCCCUGGUCUUCCUCCUGCCGCGGGGCCAGAGCCCCCGACGGUUUUCAGCUGUGUUUAAGUCUGGCCGGUGUCACCUGUCUCCGCAAUGCCCCCCCAAGAAACAGGCUCAGGCCGGGGGCAGCAAAAAGGCGGAGCAGAAAAAGAAGGAGAAGAUUAUCGAAGACAAAACUUUUGGUCUAAAGAAUAAGAAAGGGGCAAAGCAACAGAAGUUUAUCAAAGCUGUCACUCAUCAAGUUAAAUUUGGUCAACAAAAUCCACGUCAGGUAGCCCAAAGUGAAGCUGAAAAGAAAUUGAAGAAAGAUGACAAGAAGAAAGAAUUGCAGGAGCUAAAUGAACUGUUCAAACCUGUAGUUGCUGCUCAAAAAAUAAGUAAAGGUGCAGAUCCCAAAUCUGUGGUUUGUGCAUUCUUCAAGCAAGGACAGUGUACUAAAGGAGAUAAGUGUAAGUUCUCUCAUGACUUGACUCUGGAGAGAAAAUGUGAAAAACGAAGUGUUUAUAUUGAUGCAAGAGAUGAAGAGCUUGAGAAAGAUACCAUGGAUAAUUGGGAUGAGAAAAAGCUGGAAGAAGUAGUGAACAAGAAGCACGGUGAGGCGGAAAAGAAAAAACCAAAAACUCAAAUAGUGUGCAAGCAUUUCCUUGAAGCUAUUGAAAACAAUAAGUAUGGCUGGUUUUGGGUAUGCCCUGGAGGGGGAGAUAUGUGCAUGUAUCGUCAUGCACUUCCUCCUGGAUUUGUGUUGAAAAAAGAUAAAAAGAAAGAAGAGAAAGAAGAUGAAAUUUCAUUAGAAGAUCUAAUUGAAAGAGAGCGCUCUGCCCUAGGACCAAAUGUUACCAAAAUCACUCUAGAAUCUUUUCUUGCCUGGAAGAAGAGGAAAAGACAAGAAAAGAUUGAUAAACUUGAGCAAGAUAUGGAAAGAAGGAAAGCAGACUUCAAAGCUGGGAAAGCACUGGUGAUUAGUGGUCGUGAAGUGUUUGAAUUCCGUCCUGAACUAGUUGAUGAUGAUGAUGAGGAAGCAGAUGAUACCCGUUAUAUCCAGGGAUCAGGUGGUGAUGAGGUUGAUGAUUCUAUAAGCGUGAAUGAUAUAGAUUUAAGCCUAUACAUCCCAAGAGAUGUAGAUGAGACGGGUAUUACUGUAGCCAGUCUUGAAAGAUUCAGCACGUAUACUUCAGAAAAAGAUGAAAACAAAUUAAGUGAAGCUUCUGGCGGUAUGGCUGAAAAUGGUGAAAGAAGUGAUUUGGAAGAAGACAACGAAGGAGAGGGACAGGAAAAUGGAGCCGUCGAUGCUGUUCCUGUUGAUGAAAAUCUUUUUACUGGGGAAGAUUUGGAUGAACUAGAAGAAGAAUUAAACACACUUGAUUUAGAAGAAUGACACCAAACAAGUCAAUGAAAAAAUUUUCAGCUCUACAUGAGUUGAAAUUGACUAAUUAAUUUUUUUCCACCUAGAAUUCUUCAUCAGGAUGUUUAUUUCCCAUGCUGAUGCUGGAGGGCUUAUGCUUCUCAAAAAAAAGGAUUAUUUUCCCUACAUCUUCUCUUCUGAUUUUGACUGCAUCUCAUAGUAAGUUUGGAGUAGUUCAUGAUAAACUGAAACAUAAUAGUCAUUGCAGAAAAUGAUUGUUGUAACUCAAGUGGGAAGUGUAACUGCUUUUCCAGUUUUGAUUUUCAUUGGGCAUGUGUUAUUAUCAGGAACAACAUAAAUUUAAAUUUAAAGUACCCUUCAUUUAAUGCAGUUUUUAAUGAGUGACUUGAUUUCCUAUGUAUUUAUAUAUUAAAAAGACUGCAUAAAAUACAAGCACUGUACUUUGUAAAGGAAACUGCAUAUGCAGAUUCAGUGUUGUAUAUCUUUGGACAAUUAGUCAGAUGGACAUUUAAAAUAGAACUUCUUUAAUCUGAUGGGAUAAGCUGCAAUGCCCUGUGUUAAACUGUUUUAAACUUUUCCCUCUUCCUUUUUGCCAAUAAAGUUGUAAAUAAAGACCAUCACACAUUAAAA